GGGAAAAAGGGACUAUUAGCGUCUUCCUCGGACCUGGGAAGACCAUGGCUCUGUCCAGGAUCUGUCGGGAGUCUUUGCUGGUGCUUUUACUGCAAAUCGUGCUGAUUUGCUCGGCUCAGAGGGGCCCGGUCGGUCCCAGAGGCCCCGUGGGGCCACCAGGAGUUGCCGGCGUGCCCGGAGUGGAUGGCAUUGAUGGCGACAGAGGAGAAGACUCCACGGUGAAUGGCGGACCAGGUCCUGACGGAGAUAACGGCAAUGACGGAGCUCCCGGAGCUCCAGGCCUUCCAGGCGCAGAUGGACCUGUUGGACCUCCCGGGGAUCCAGGCCCCGUGGGCCAGAGGGGGCUGAAAGGGGAACCUGGGGCACGUGGGUCAGCUGGGGAGCCUGGUGUGGGACCUGAUGGGCUUGAUGGUAUCCCCGGUACAGACGGGCUUCCAGGUGAACUGGGCAAAGUUGGAGCCCCUGGGGCGAGAGGCAAGAGGGGUCAAGUUGGUCUUCCUGGUCCCGCUGGGCCUCGGGGACCUCCAGGCGUGUAUCAAGGCGAGGACCUGUGUCCCAACGCCUGCCCCGCUGGUCUGACUGGAUACUCUGGACUCCCCGGCAUGAAAGGCCACAAAGGGGUUAAGGGUGAAUCUGGUGAGCCCGGAAGACAAGGACACAAGGGAGAGGAGGGUGAUCAAGGACUGCCGGGAGACGUCGGAGCUCAGGGCCUACCAGGCCCAGGUGGACCAAGAGGCCUCCCAGGAAUAAUGGGCUCCAAAGGCGACAGGGGACCUCGUGGAAAGCCUGGCGAUGGGGGUCCUCGGGGAAUCCAGGGAGGCCCGGGUGAUCCAGGCCAAAGAGGAGCCAUAGGUGAGACCGGGCCCGGGGGAGUGUCGGGGGAUCGAGGUCCAUCAGGAAUCAGAGGAGUACCGGGGCCAAAGGGAGAACCUGGCCUACCUGGUCCAGACGGGCGUGAGGGGAUACCUGGGCUGCCAGGAUCCAAGGGCCUUCCAGGGAAAAAUGGGGCUCCAGGUGAUGCUGGCCCACAAGGACUCCCCGGUUUACCAGGCGCUUACGGCCAAAAAGGACACAGUGGUACGAAGGGUAUCACAGGGGAUCCAGGAGUUGUGGGACUGAUGGGGUCUCCGGGGAAACAAGGCGAGCGUGGCGAGCAGGGAGAGGUGGGACCUGUGGGACCCAGAGGAGGACCAGGUGAACGAGGAGAGAGAGGGCCUGACGGGCCACCAGGACCACCAGGGGCCAGGGGGGGCAAAGGGGAUCCAGGUCUUCCAGGACUUCCUGGCCCUGCUGGUUAUCGUGGCCAGAAAGGAGACAGGGGUGCAGUGGGUCUGGAUGGGCCUAAGGGCGAACAGGGACCUGCAGGUGCUGAAGGAACACCGGGAGACAGAGGAGACCUGGGUGACGAAGGAGAACCAGGAGAGAAAGGAUCGACAGGUCCACCAGGAGAGACGGGAAAUAAGGGACCUGACGGGAGCCGAGGACAGUCCGGGAAAGAGGGCAAGCCGGGCCAGCCGGGACCACGCGGCAUGCAGGGCGACAUGGGGGUCCCGGGCCUCCCCGGACUGCAGGGACCAGCGGGAAAACCACCGACUGAUACACACAUCAAACAAGUCUGCAUGAGGGUAAUGCAAGAGCAGCUGGCCCAGCUAGCAGCCAGCCUGAGCAGGCCUGAGUCAGGUAUCGCUGGGCUGCCCGGUCCCCCCGGCCCACCUGGACCUCCAGGCCCCUCUGGGGAGAACGGUUUCCCCGGGCACACCGGAUCACGAGGACUGCCCGGCCUGAAAGGACCACCCGGGGUAAUGGGUAUCAAAGGACCGAAAGGUGACCAGGGUGACAGAGGCGACAGAGGACCCACAGCGAGAGGCCCCAAAGGAGCACCAGGUGCCCCCGGUCUGCCAGGUGAACCGGGACGACCGGCUUACGGUAAAGACGGCCGUGACGGAGAGAGGGGACCGCGCGGCGUUCCCGGUGUUGUUGGCGUUCCCGGGUCUCCUGGUCCCGCCGGCCUGAACGGUUACUGUGAGCCGUCGCAGUGCGUCCUACCGAUGGUGGCGUCACCGAUUUCAGCAAAGGACUCCGGCAUGAAGGGCCCCAGCGAGAUGUGAGGAGAGGCCAGAGCUGAACUGGAGGAAAAGUGAGAGACUGGAGGAGAAACCAGAACUCCAAGGAAGAUUUGACCGUUUGGGUUUUGUCACUUGAUUUGUAUGUUUGUGAGGUUUUUGAUUUUUUAAAAUUUGGUCAGCUCAUUUGGAACUAGAUUUUUUUAUUUUACCACCUUUGUGGUUAUAAACUGACAUGAAGGUGGACACUGAAAAAAAACCCAUCAUCACGUUUGAAACUCUUUUACACAAUAAGUUUCACUUUACCUCAGUUUUGCCAUCUCUGUACUGUAAAAUUCAAAGUUGCAGUCUGUGUUUUUGAGAAAUUAAAAACUCACUGUAUCUGCACAAACCUUCCAGCCCCAUCUCCAUCCAAACAACGAGACGAGAGUUAAAGUUCUUCUGUAUGUUUAUGUAAAUGUGUCAAUACGCAGAUUAUACUGUUGGAUAAGGUACAUUUGUUUGUGAGUAUCUUUGUUGUUUAUCCUCUUAAAUCCCCGCCUGUACCUUUUCCUCUAAAUGUAGGAUUUUAUGUUUGAUCAUUUCUCUGUCAUGACGACUGUUGUUUUUUUUGAUCGGAGGGUGGCGAUGUGUGAAAACCUCUCUGGCAGUUUUAUAUGACUUCUUAUUUAUUAUAUCAAGGUUCGACGUGACAUCUUCAAGUUGUACAAAGGAGGAAAUAAACACAUUUUGAUAACCUCUUGCAUGUUUUGUAUGGACAGUAGUACGGCCAAACAGGCGGCCAAAUUAAACCUGAGUCACUAUGAACCAACAGCUUUAAGAUAUUUCUUCCUCCAAAACAAACCUGACAGUGCAGGUGUGAUGUUUUUCAUCAUUUCAGACUGAAGUUAUCACUUUUGUCUUUAUCAGGA